GUCAUACAUGAAACCAAGCUUAGGCAAAUAUACACAGCAGAAGAAAAAUACACUAUUAAAAUAUCUGCUUAUACAAACCGAUCCGUCUCUACUAACACAUCCCUGAAGACAGCACAGUUUCUCACUAGUUCGGUUGAUACAGAUGAAAGAAGACAACUGGAAAACCAGCAACAGGACAUCAGUAACACAUUAAAGUCACUGGAUGUGCGUUUGACUACAUUGUUUGAGAGACAGAAACAUCUGGAACGCAGAGACAAUGAGCUCAGACAACGGAAAAAGGAGCUUUUAGAGAGAGGAAACAGGAGGAGACAGCUGGAAUCAAAAAUUGGUGUGAAGUAUGAUAGUUUAAGACAGUUGGAACAAGAUGCUAUCAACCUAGAGGAUGAAUCUCAACAGGCAAAUGUAAAGAUCAAAGAAAUAAAUGUCCAAAAAGCAAGACUUGUUACUGAAUUAACGCAUUUCAUAAAGGAUUGCAUAUCACUGAACAUCCUCAAAGCAGAUUUGGUUCUUCAGAGCACUACAGUGGUGGCUGAGAAGAUGAGACUAGAAUCAGAGUAUAAAGCAGCAAGUGCACAGCUAAGAGCUGCAGAGCAACAAUUUCAUGAACUGGAUGAUAGGAAGCGAGUUCUUACAGAGAACUGCAAAGAAUUGCUGAAAAAAGCUCGACAGGUCUGCAAACUGAGUCCGGAUCAACAUCUUCCAAAAGAAUUUCAAACUGCUUUUCAGACUCUUCCAGCCACGUUGGAGGAAAUAGAUGCUUUUCUGAAUGAAGAGAGAAAUAGAGCCUCCUGUUUUACAGGCCUGAGUGCUUCGGUUGUCGAAGAAUACCGUAAGCAGACACAAGAAAUACAGCAGUUGACGGAAUAUCUAGAGGAAAAGAAAAAUGAAUUGGAUAACUAUAAGCAAAAGAUUUCACAGGUCAAAGAAAGGUGGCUAAACCCCUUGAAAAAGCUGGUUGAGCAAAUUAAUGAGAAGUUCAGUAGCUUCUUUAGUUCUAUGCAGUGUGUUGGUGAAGUUGAUCUUCAUGUGGAAAAUGAGGAGGAGUACGACAAGUAUGGGAUUCGUAUUAGAGUCAAAUUCCACAGUAGCACAGAACUUCAUGAAUUGACUCCAUAUCAUCAGAGCGGAGGUGAGAAAAGUGUUUCCACUAUGUUGUACCUGAUGGCUCUACAGGAACUCAACAGAUGUCCUUUCAGGGUUGUAGAUGAAAUAAAUCAGGGAAUGGAUUCAGAGAAUGAGAGAAGAGUUUUUGAAAUGGUUGUGAAAACGGCUUGUAAAGAAAACACGUCGCAGUACUUCUUCGUUACACCAAAGCUCCUGCAGAAUCUCACUUACAAUGACAAGAUGACGGUGUUAUUUGUCUACAAUGGCCCUUUGAUGUUGGAGGCAAACAAAUGGAGCUUAAAGUCUUUCUGUAGGCGGCGGCGACGACUUGGAAGGAUGGAUGAACAGUGA